AUGGGGCUUACUAACACAUUCAGCGAGUGUAUUGAUGAGGUGGACGUGAUUAUUGCUGGAGGGGGGACUGCCGCAUGCGUGGUGGCCGGGAGGUUGGCAGAAGCCGAUCCUGAGCUGUCCAUUCUCGUCAUCGAAGGCGGGCAGGACAAUUUCAACGUGCCCAAUGUGGUCAAUCCGCUCCUCAUGUACCAGCAUCUGUUGCCAACCAGCAAGACGGCGUUGUUCUAUAAAGCCAAGGCUUCUGAGCACCUGGCUGGACGGGAAGCAAUCGUUCCUUCAGGAGGAACUCUUGGCGGUGGAUCUUCCAUCAAUUUCAUGAUGUAUACAAGAGCGCAGAGAGAUGAUUUUGACUCUUGGAAUACGCCGGGCUGGACGGCAAAUGAGAUCCUUCCCUUCGUGCAAAAGCUCGAGACCUAUCACGGCCCUGGUGAUGCAAGCAGACACGGCUAUUCAGGCCCAGUCCAUAUCAGCCACGGCGGGUACAGCGCCAAGAAUCCAGAAGACGACUAUAUCAAGGUGCUCGAGACCUAUGGUGGGCUGCCCGAAAGCAAAGAUUUGCAAAGCCUCGACACAAAUAACUGCUGCGAGCGAUCGCUGAGGUACGUGUCCCCGGAGGGGAGACGGCAGGAUGCGGCCCACACGUUCCUCCACCCGAAGCUGCAAGAUGGCAAGCACCCGAACCUACACGUCCUCGUCGAGACCAAGGUUGUGCGUGUGAUACUCGACGACGCCAAGAGGGCAUGCGGAGUCGAAGUUGCACCCAACCCUGAUUUCCACAUGCAGAUCCAGACCGGCGUCACCACCAGCUCGAAGCAGGUCUUCAAGGCUCGGAAGCUGGUCGUCGUCUCGUGUGGCGCAAACGGAACACCAGGUGUCCUUGAGAGAUCCGGCAUUGGCGGCGCAGACGUGCUUGAGAAGGCGGGCGUCCCGGUCGUGGUUGAUUUGCCCGGCGUGGGAAACAAUUGGCAGGAUCAUCACCUCAUCCUUAUACCCUUCAGAACCUGGCUCCAGCCACGUGAGACCACCGAUUUCAUCAUUAGCGGUCGGGAGAAGGAGGAAGAUUUGAUACGUGACAAGGACAAGAUCCUAGGUUGGAACUUUAUCUCAGUCGGUAUGAAGAUGCAGCCUUCGGAGGCAGAUCGCAGAACUUUGGACAAGGAUCUGUUGGCGGCGUGGGAGAAAGACUUCAAAGAUAAGCCCAACAAGCCUCUCAUGCUGAUGGGAAUGAUCAACGGCUUUGUGGGUGACCAGUCAACACUGGAGCCAGGACAAUAUCUUCUCAUGGGCAACUAUACGGGUUACCCCUACUCCCGAGGUUCGAUGCACAUCACUGGCCCGAACUUCGACGACCCUCUGGACUUUGAUACUGGCUUCUUCUCUGACCCGGGCGAGAUCGAUCUCAAGAAGCAAGUGUGGGCAUACAAGAAACAGCGCGAGUUUAUGCGGCGUACAAAGAUGUUCCGAGGGGAGGUCGCGGUAGGGCACCCAAAGUUCUCUCCGGAAUCCAAAGCUGCACUGGUCGAGGAUAACUCGGCCACGGGAUGGAACGUCGCAGACGUGCAGGACUUGGAGUACACUGCCGAGGACGACAAGGCCAUCGAGCAGUAUCUUCGUGAGAACAUACAGACGACUUGGCACUCUCUCGGCUCGUGCAAGAUGGCGCCGAGGGAGGAGAUGGGAGUCGUUGAUGGGAAUUUGAACGUGUAUGGGGUUCAGAAUCUCAAGCUCGCAGAUCUGAGCAUCCCGCCGCAGAAUGUCGGAGCAAACACCAACAACACUGCCCUCGCAAUCGGCGAGAAGGCUGCCGACAUAAUCAUGCGGGAGCUCGGAUUGCUCAAGUAAUUAAAGCUUUCUAGCACGAAAGCGGUGGGUUCGUUACGUAUGGAUUUAUGCCAGACGGGGGAGCCUUGUUGUCAACGGGUUGCAGAUAGGGUGCUCUUUAGAAUUUAUAUAAAACGACUGUUCUAG